CUUGGGUCUCUUUCCAGAGGAAUUUCUGAAGACAGUCAAGUGCAUUGUGAUUUAUGAGGCAGUGAAGGCCUUGCAGUGACGAGAACCUACUUACUUUGGGGAAAAUCAAUGGAGCACAUCAGUCUGCAGCACACUUCCUGUCUUAAUGAUUCUAUAAUCAUGGCACAGGUUGAGAAACGGGGGGGUUUGCUCCGGAAAUCUUCAGCCUCCAAAAAACCACUGAAGGAAAAAGUGGUACUGAUGUAUGAUGAGAUCUUCAUGACAGAGGAUCCCAGUAAGUGCAGUCCUCGAUUUUGGGAAGAGCUCUUCCUCAUGAAGGUUAAUUUAGAGUACCUAGAAGGCAAGCUGGAAUCUCUUGAUGGUGAGGAGUUAAUGAAGAUCAAGGACAACAUUAAUUGUUUAUUUCAACACUGCAUCCAGGCUCUGGGAGAGGAACAUCCAAUUCGAGUUGUCAAUGCAUUACAGACCUUGUGUGCACUCAUUCGAGGAGUACAUCAAAAGAAUAAGUCUACCUCUGGGUUUGACAUUAUCAACAUGCUGAUGGGCUUUGACAAGGCGGAGCUGUGCAUGAAGAACUUGAUGGAGAGUUUGGAUUCGUUGCUUUGUGCAGAAGGUUCUGAAAGUCUGAAGAGUUUAUGUUUGAAACUUCUCCUUUGCUUAGUGACUGUGACAGAUAACAUCAGCCAGAACACUAUCCUGGAGUAUGUAAUGAUCAACAGCAUAUUUGAAGCAAUUUUACAGAUACUCUCCCACCCCCCAAGUCGUAGGGUGCAUGGGUAUGAUGCUGUAGUCCUCUUGGCUUUGCUGGUCAACUACAGAAAAUAUGAGUCUGUGAAUCCUUAUAUUGUGAAGCUGUCUAUUGUGGAUGAUGAGGCCACGCUCAAUGGAAUGGGGCUUGUGAUUGCUCAAGCUUUAUCUGAGUACAACAGGCAGUAUAAAGACAAGGAAGAAGAACACCAGAGCAGUUUUUUCUCUGCCUUAACAAAUAUGGUGGGCAACAUGUUCAUAGCAGAUGCUCAUGAGAAAAUCUCAGUACAAACCAAUGAGGCUAUCCUUCUGGCACUUUAUGAAGCUGUUCAUUUAAAUCGCAACUUCAUCACAGUGUUAGCUCAGAGUCAUCCAGAGAUAGGCUUGGUGACAACCCCUGUCAGUCCUGUUCCAACAACCCCAGUCACACCACUUGGUACCACACCGCCCUCCUCUGAUGUUAUAAGUGCUGUGGAACUCCCACUGGAUGCAGAUGUACAGACCAGUAACCUGCUAAUAACCUUCUUAAAGUAUAGCUCGAUUGUCAUGCAGGACACCAAAGAUGAGCACCGGCUUCAUAGUGGCAAACUCUGUAUGAUUAUCCUCACAUGUAUUGCAGAGGAUCAGUAUGCCAAUGCAUUUUUGCAUGACGACAACAUGAAUUUUCGAGUAAACUUACAUAAAAUGCCUAUGCGACACCGGAAGAAGGCAGCAGACAAGAACCUUCCCUGCCGUCCUUUAGUAUGUGCAGUCCUGGACCUGAUGGUAGAGUUUAUUGUAACACACAUGAUGAAGGAGUUUCCUAUGGAUCUUUAUGUACGCUGCAUUCAGGUAGUACAUAAGCUACUUUGUUACCAGAAGAAGUGUAGAGUACGCCUACAUUACACCUGGCGGGAACUCUGGUCAGCCUUGAUAAAUUUGCUGAAGUUCCUUAUGUCAAAUGAGACCGUACUUUUGGCCAAACACAACAUUUUUACGUUAGCACUUAUGAUUGUGAACCUAUUUAAUAUGUUUAUCACAUAUGGUGACACAUUCCUGCCCACCCCCAGCAGCUAUGAUGAACUGUACUAUGAGAUUAUCCGUAUGCACCAGAGCUUUGACAACCUAUACUCCAUGGUCCUGAGGCUUUCUACCAAUGCAGGCCAGUGGAAAGAAGCUGCUAGCAAGGUGACCCAUGCAUUGGUUAAUAUCAGAGCCAUCAUCAACCACUUUAACCCCAAAAUUGAAUCUUAUGCUGCUGUGAAUCACAUAUCCCAACUGUCAGAGGAGCAGGUGCUGGAGGUAGUGCGAGCCAACUAUGACACACUCACACUGAAGCUGCAGGAUGGCCUGGACCAGUAUGAGCGCUAUUCGGAGCAGCACAAGGAAGCUGCUUUCUUCAAAGAGCUGGUUCGCUCCAUUAGCACCAAUGUCCGAAGAAACCUGGCCUUCCACACACUCAGCCAGGAAGUCCUGCUCAAGGAGUUCUCCACUAUUUCCUGAGGCCACACCAACUUCAGCAGCCACUGACUGCCCUUACCCAUGAAGCUUCUGGGCUGGAGAGGGAGAGGGGAGUGAGGGAGAAGGGGCUGUCCCCAGCAUUGGAGAACAACACAGAUACUGAGUUCUCUCAAUGAAGGCCGAACUUCAGUGGAGCUUGGACAGGAGGGGCACG